AUGAUCGGGCCCUCUAUGGGCACUCGCCCCUACCAACAGCCAGGCGCUCUCCCUACCCUCGGCGGCUUCAACACAGAGUCAGAACCACAUUGCACAAUACCCUGCGUCCUGGGCGCCGUAUACGGCUCGACAAUCUACGCGACGUACAAGGAGAAGGAUACGAAGACGCUGCUCAAAGUAACUGGGCCUGGUGCUGAGGUGAAGGCCCUGACAUACAUGAUUUACGGGGCUCGGGACCAGGCGGUGGAGAGGAUGACACGGGACUGCAUCUCGCGAGGGGUCAACGCCGUCGUCGCUAUGAACUUCAGCGAGGGUGAGCUUCUUGGCUGUGCGCAAGUCUCGGUCUACGGCACCGCUGUGUACUUUGCAAAAAACUGGCUCAACCCCCAGACUGUUGACCCCGAAUCACUUCAAAAGUCGUGGGCAGAUCUGGGGAAUAAGCUGGCCAUCCUGGAGAAAGACGAGAGGUUCGAUUACUUGCGCAAUAUAGUGGCCGAACUUCGGGGCAGCCGUGGCGUUCUUCUACUCUAUAGCAGCAGGCAUCCCCAAGUCCUCAAUCACCGGGACCUCUCAGGCACGAACAUACUGCUUGACCAGGAUACCCAUGCAAUCUCCGGAAUCAUCGACUGGUCCCUGGCCGAUAUCCAACCGUUUGGUAUGGAGCUCAGGGUGUUGCGCCAGUUUUCCGGAAAUAUGAAUGGCAAUGGCUGGUCCGACUAUGCAUGCCGAGAGGCCACCGAUGGAGCAUUCUGGGCCGAGUUCUGGAAGGUCACUGGCAUCGAAGACCCACAGGUUCGAGAAACGACGAAGAGGAACGCGGAGACGGCUUGCAAGUUGGGCGUUAUCCUGCAAUUCGCUUUUAAGAGUACUUUAGAUGGAAAACAGACGGAUGUCUUGUCACCCAAGCCUUCUAGUUUUCUGAAGGAAUGGCUGAAGUACCCGUCGUGGUCUGACUUGGUCCUGAGAGAAGAAGACGCAGCUAGACUUAAGGCAGGGGAUGCAAACACGUCGUAG